CCGUGAGCCUGCUGAGCCUCAUCUGCCACCAGCAGCAGCUGUGGGGAAAUUGGCGCAUGUCGAGGUCUGGACACCGCAGGAGCAAGAUGAUGGCCAGAACCCCCCACGUCCCAGUGCUGGGCCCUCAGUGUUGCACCCCGGCAGCCCUCGACAGCUCCACAACACCCUGGGGCAGCUGCCACUACUUAGUGCCUUGCUGGCUGAGCUGUCAGUGCUUGCUGGUGGUGCUAUGCCUGCUGCUGUCCAUCCUCAUCUGGCCUGGCUCUACCAGGCCCCAGGGGCUGGUGGCAUGGCCUCACAGCCUCCCAGCCAUUCCUCUGCCCUUCAGCCUGCAGAGGCAACUGUAGGGCCAGGUGGGAGCAGUGGAGCUGCCAGCCCUCGAGUCAAGCAAGGCCGGCAAGAGGCCACCUCACCAGGGUCUUCUCAGCCUAGGAAAGGACCUAAGAAAGCUGUACCCCAGGGAGAGACAGGCUCUGAAAGGAACUGCAAAACUAAGGAAAACAGACCUCCCAGAAGGAAACUGUUGUAUGGGCUGACAAAUACUCUGAGGUUACGGCUGCAGCGGACCAACCCUGAUAAGCUGAUAAUUCAUGAAAGGAGGGAGCAGUACAGAAAAAAGCAAAUGGAGAUGCUGAAGGAGAGAAGCCCUUUAUUCAAAAGAAAGCUGCUGAGAAAUGCUGGAGAACAGGAUGUGGUUUCUUACAGGCAUUGUAGCAAGGGAGACAGAUCAAAGCAGAAUAAUCAGUUUGACAAAACUGUUGAGACUUCAUUACAAAACACUGCUCUUGCAGAGUACAUUUCUGUGACAGGAUAUGUGUCCCCUGACCUGCAGAAACAAGCUAUUGCAAGUCUAUCGAAGAAUAAUGAAAAUGAAAGCAAGGAAUGUCCAUGCAAAGUAACUACAGCCCCCUUACUGGAGGAAAUGGUAUUAAAAUCUGCUCACAAGGAAAAGUAUGCAAAAGCCCAACUCCCAGCAGCUUUCCCAUCAGAUGCUAAUGCAAAGGGAAGUAAUGAGGAAGCAAUACACUUAAUUCACUGUAAAACCACAGAGCAUGAUGAUGCAUCUGUUAUAAGUGAUCAUAAACCAAGCCUCAGCAGGAGCAUUGAAACCUCUGAAUUCAUAUACUCAGAUGACUUCAUUGCUAGUGCUGAGAGUACAGUUUAUUCAGAAGAUUUCACCAGUUCUGAGUGUACAGACAGAGACUCGGAAGCUCUUGACAGCAGUCCUGAACCUCUGUGGCUUGAAAGCCCAAAGCAAGAUUGGUCAGUUACAGAGCCAGAAUCCAGCAGGUCCAGAAUUUCAAAGACAAGUCAAAGAGCUGAAAGUACUUCAGAUCUUCAGCCAGUUCCUUCAGUUUCAUCCCCAGUCCAGUCUUUGAAGAGAAUCCAUGACUUAAAAAACAGCAAGAGAACUAGUGGUGAAUCUGUUGAUUCACUUAAUGAUACCUCCAUUUGGGCAAGGUUAUUGGAUGAAGAGCAGGAAGCCCGACAGAUCACUAAGGAAGAGAACAGGGGUGAUCAGCAUAUUAAACAAGUGUCUACACUGAGAAGCAAACAAGUUAGCUCUGAUACUGGUCUGAACAUAGGAAAGGGGCAGACCUCUGCAGAAAAAAACCAGUCAGUAAUUCAGGUUAGCUCUUACGUGCCAUCUAAUGUGUCUGAUCUUGAAUUUAGCAUCCUGGAAGACAGCAUGUCAGAUGAAGAGGAUGAUUUUCUGGGAAAACUAUGUGUUCCUAAUCAAUACAAAGACAUCAGUGAACUUGUAAUAAACAAACUUCCAGCAUACACAAUGUAA